AUGAGAAGGGUAGCAAUUGAUGGGUCGCUUUUGGAAGGUGGUGGCCAAAUUCUCAGGAAUGCGGCUGCCUUAUCUGCAGUGUGUCAGCGCCCUAUAGAGAUUACUAAAAUCCGCGCAGGGCGAUUAAGUCCCGGUUUGCGUAAUCAGCAUAUGCUUGGCUUGCAGUUGGCCGCAAAAAUUUGCAACGGAAGGCUUGAAGGAUGCUUCGCCAAUUCAAUGAAUGUGUCCUUUGAUCCGCAAAGUGUCGAAGGUGGAGAAUAUGAGUGUGAUGUCAAGACUGCGGGUUCUGUAGCACUGGUUAUGCAAGUGUGUAUCCCAAUACUUGCCUUCGCUAAGACAAAAAGUGUUGUUUCUCUGUGCGGUGGUACCAAUGCGGACUUCGCCCCACCGAUUGACUAUAUGAUAGAUGUCACCGCAUUUUACUAUCGAAAAUUCGGGAUAAGUUUUCGCACAGAAAUUCGUGAACGUGGCUACUAUCCACGCGGAGGUGGUUUAGUUCACGUUAGUGUCGAUCCAAUCAGUGAUAAACUCUCUCCGGUCACUCUCACGGAUAUGGGUCAGGUCGUGAAAAUAACUGGCUCAGCUUUUGUGGCUGGGAAAGUGCCAACAAAGGUUGCGGAUAUAAUGGGUUCGGCUGGCCACGAAAUCUUGAACAUUCAUUUCCCAGGCGUUCCUAUUGAUAUCAAAACUUUUCGUGCUCCGGAUAAUUCUUGUCAUGGAAGCGCUUCGGCAUUUAUGUUCCUUGUUGAAACUUCCACUGGGUGUCGCUUAGCAGUGUCGCGACUGGGCAGUAGCCGCGGCCCUUCCGCCCAUGAUUUAGUCGCAGAUGCGAUUAAUUUGGAGUUGAUACCAUGCAUCGAUUCCGGUGCCUGUUGUGAUAACUUCAUGCAGGAUCAGUUGAUUCUACCCAUGGCGUUAGCUCACGGAACGUCAGUGAUUCGCACUACCCCUCUCACGCUGCACACGCAGUCAGCAAUAUAUGUUGCGGAGCAACUCCUGCCUUCCGUUAAGUUCAACGUUGAAACACUACCGGACCAAAAAUCGGUCUUGCUGUCGUGCACGGGAGUUGGAGCUGAACCACAAUAG